CGCGCAUUUGCAGCAAUUUGAUCGGCUCCUCGCCUCUGCCUACCACCGUCACCAGCGACGAUGCAGAUGUCUCGCGUAGUGACACUGGUUGGCCUUGUGCUCGCCACGGCUGUGCCAGUUCCCACGGCCGUGCCGGUUCCCAUGGCCGAGAGCCACAACCUCGAGAUCGAGCACGGCCGCGCUGCGCCAGCAGCAGGCAACUCGUUCAGAGUGUACAACAUCAAGCCCCACUACCAAUGUAAGCCGGACGGUCCCGGUCCGCACACCCCGGGAUGUGCGGACAAGAUCAAGCCUGCGAUGAAGUGGGCGAUUGAGACCGGCGCAGAGAUUCUCGUGAUGAACGAGGUGGAGGCGCCCAAGGUGCCCAAGCCGGACCCCGCUCAUUUCGAGGGCGUCGGCUUCGUGUGCGUCUGCGGUUCGUUUGCGGACCCAGUUGUCGCCUUCAUCAACAAAAAUACUUUCACGAUCGAUAACAGCAUCCUUGCAGACAACGCUUACACUGACGGCAACCUUCCUUACUUUGACAACAUCAACCCCAACGACGUGUCAAAGAACUCGUGCUCGGUUCCAUGCAGACCUCACGACACCCGCCCGGGCGGCAUGAUCCCCCUCACGCACAGGCUCACUGGAAAGAAGUUUUGCCUGGCCAUCGGUACGUUCUCGCACAACUUUGACAAUGACCCGCAAGGUGUCGACACCAGCGCCUGCCCAGAUGACGGGGAGAUCCUGUACGUCGUUGACUCGAAUAUCAACGGUUCCGGUCAAACGAUCUCGAUGAAGAAGGCCAAGCAGCUCACAAAUCCUGCAAGAAAGUGCGACGCGGAUCCCUUCAUGAACAUCGAGACUGACAACGGCUACUUUUACGACCGCAUCGCAAUGUGCGGCGGCGGCACCGUUACGAAUCCGAGCCGAAACGCGACCCAGCACUGGCCGGAAGGACACGUGAUGAUCUCUGCUGACGUCACACUGUGAGGCGAACCCCGCUCCCCGGCAUGGGAAGUCGCCAGGGUGACACAGCGGGCUCGAUGCGAGAACAGCGAUGUGUUAAUUGCAGAUUUUGUUGCCGAUUAGUAGAUGUAGAUGGAAAGCCGAGCGCUUCGAAGUGCGUGCAAA